AUGGCUUCUCGAGAUGACUAUACUGUUGGGUGGAUUUGCGCUUUGCCUGUCGAGGUGGCCGCAUCUAAGGCUACACUGGAUCAUAUUCAUCCCAGCUUGCCUCUGGGUCCAACCGUACAUGACACCAAUAGCUAUGUUCUGGGUAGUAUCUGCGGACAUGAUGUCUUAAUCGCAUUCCAACCUUUGGUAAACUUGAGUCUAUCUCUUCUACUCUUCAAAUCCCUUCGAUUCAGACUCUCAGUCUACAUCGGAGGAGGAGUUCCAAAUACCAGAGAAAAUCUCUUCCUCGGUGAUGUCGUUGUGGGAGAACCAACCGCUGCCCAGCCAUGCUUUGUUCAGUACGAUCUGGAGACUGAGGUUAUACCUCUAUAUAUCUCCGAGACGGGAAGAAAGCACACCGCCACGGCGCAUGAAAACCUAGAGCAAGAUGUCCUAUCCGACCAUAAUUAUCAUCAAACAACAAUCGAAACUGCAGAGGGCGUAUGCCUCAAUUGCGACUCAGGUCAAUGUCUCUAUCUGCCACCUCACGCGAACCAGAACCCUAGAGUUAAUUACGGCCUAGUCGCAUCCGGAAACCAGUGGAGGUCCGCUGUUGACUUCAUAGAUGCCACUCAAUAUCUGGCCAUCCGAGGAAUCUGUUACUACGCAGACUCCCAUCGUUCAAACCUCCGGCAUGCCUAUGCCGCCGCUGCUGCCACUGCAGCUGCUUCAUGUGCCAAAGAGGUCCUGUCCUUAAUACCCACGAUCACAAGAUCCGCCUCUGUGCCCGACCUGAAGUUGACCGAAAAUCUCCAAUCGUUUUGA